AUGAUCUCUGGUAUCGCGCACGUCAACCUGACUGUGACUCCGGGGACGUUGGAGCACGCGGAGGAGUUCUAUGUCAAGACGCUGGGGCUGGUGUCCGCUCCUGUGCCGGAGCUUCAAAAAGGGUCCAUUCUUUGGUUCAAUAUCGGCUCCAGUGGACAACAAGUCCAUGUCACCUGCGGUCCGACGGACCCCGAGCACACUCGGCACCCCUGCUUUAAGCUGCCUUCUCAAGAUGAGCUGGAGGAGAUCAAGAAAUCCAUCUACGAUCACAAAGUCCGGGGAGGCCCUGCAGCGCCGAUGGCUGCUGAUAAGCCCGGUGAGGCGAACUCUGGGCCGAAAGGAAAGGAAUAUCCGGAGCGGUUCUUUGCGCGGGAUUACGCGGGUAAUUUGCUAGAGUUCACUAUUUAA